AUGGGCAAAUACUCCACCCCAACCUGGGCCGACGUCACCCCCAUUCCGCUGGAUGACGGGUCAAACUUCUAUGACAACGACAACCCGCAGCAGCAGGAAGGAGGCGGCGGUGUGAGCGGGAAUGGCAAUGGGACGUAUCCGCUGGCAACCAUUUCCUAUUCACCCAACUAUGUAGAGGCAACCUCAUAUCUCAGGGCUCUGAUGGCGGCGAAUGAGAUGUCAGACCGCGCAAUAGAGUUAACGGAGGAUGUGAUUUUGAUCAAUCCGGCGCAUUAUACGGUUUGGCUAUACAGAGCUAAGAUACUCUUUGCAUUGGAGAAAGAUCUCAAUAAGGAGAUCGAGUGGGUUAAUAAGAUUGCCCUGAUGAAUUUGAAGAAUUAUCAAAUAUGGCACCAUCGCCAACUCAUAUUAUCAAACGAAAAGUUUUUCCCAACACUCCCACCAACAGAGCAAAAAUUCCUCAUGGAGAUGUUCGACCUAGACUCCAAGAACUAUCACGUCUGGACAUACCGCCACUGGCUCGUCCGCCACUUCAAGCUGUGGGACCACCCACAGGAGCUCGCAGACGUCGAAACGCUCAUCAACAAAGAUGUCCGCAACAACUCCGCCUGGAACCACCGGUGGAUGCUCAAAUUCGGACCUCGAGGAGACGUCGAUAGCGGAAUGCCGCUGGGCAUAGACGAGAGGCGCGGCUACAAGGGAAGCCUGGACGUCGUGGAUGAAGACCUCAUCAUGGCUGAGAUUGAAUAUGCCAAGAACAAAAUUCUCCUUGCUCCUGAGAAUAGAUGUCCGUGGGCCUAUGCGCGGGGUGUUUUAAGAGCCGCUGGGAAAUCAAUGGCUGAACUUGAAGGAUUUGCAUCGAAGUUUAUUUUGGAAGAGGUGGAGGCGGAGGCUGAUGGGGGUGUGAAGUAUCAGGUUAAGAGUAGCUUGGCUGUGGAGUGGCUGGCGGAUGUAUAUGCGGAAGAGGCGGAAGAGGCGGAAGACGAGAAGGAUACGGAGGAGAAGCGGAAGGCGGAUGCCGUCAAGAUGCUUACGUUGCUGAAGGAUCAGUAUGAUCCCAUUCGCAAGAAUUACUGGGAUUAUAGGAUUCGGAUGCUUGAAAGGGGGCCAGUGGUUGCUGUGUAA